AUGGCGAGCGCCACUGGCGCGUCCCUCCCCCCGCGCGUGGCGCGCGAGGUGGCGCGGGAGCUGAAGGCGCUGCAGCAGAGCGCGCAGGACGGCAUCCGGGUGACUGUCCACGACGACAGCAUCGCGACCGUCCAUGCCGAGAUCGACGGCCCUGAGGGCACGCCGUACGAGGGCGGCGUGUUCCGCAUGAAGCUGCUGCUCGGGCGGGACUUCCCCAACGCCGCCCCCAAAGGCUUCUUCCUGACGCGCAUUUUCCACCCCAACGUGGCCAAGAGCGGCGAGAUCUGCGUGAGCGUGCUCAAGAAGGACUGGAAAGCCUCCCUUGGGCUCAAGCACGUGCUGCUGGUGGUGCGCUGCCUGCUCAUUGAACCUUAUCCUGAGUCCGCUCUUAACGAGGAUGCUGGAAAGCUGCUUCUGGAGGACUAUGACGCGUACGCACGCCACGCCCGUCUGUUCACAUCCAUUCAUGCCACCCCUGCCGCCUCCUCCGCCCUGACCUCUGCUGGGAAGGCCAAGCAGCAACCACAACAACCGCAACCGCAGCAGCAGCAGCAUGAGAAGGCACGGCAUGAGGUGGCGGAUCACCCCAGCAAGAACGAGCACAGACCAUGCAUUCAACCAGCAACAGCAACUGCCUCGCUUGCCGAUUCUGGCUCUGGUGCCGCCACUCCAGCUGCUCCUGCCACUCCCACUGGUGCUUCCGCUCCCGCCGCUGCUACUGCCUCUGCUGCUGGAGCUGCAUCCACAGACGCCGACACCUCAGCGACUUCCCGAGAAUCUAGCAGCAGCAUUCUACCAGCUCCUCCUCCCAGCACUUCAACUGCUGCCUCAUCUGGUGAUCCUACUAGUGGCAAAAUUGCAGCUGGGAGUGCCAGUAUUACACCAGCCCAUCACACGCCCCUUGCAACUAAUCGGUCGCUUGCAAACUCUGACUCUAGACUGCAGGCAAAGGCUGGAAAUGGUUCGGCAGCAGCAGCUGUGGAGGAGCCUGUGGCAGCAUCGAGCAUGGCUGGUGGUGUGGUGAAGGCUAAAGGGAAAGGGGAGAACACGGGCCGUGGCGGGACAGACAAGAAGGCUGAUUUGAGGAAGAAGAGCCUACGGAGACUGUAG